UGGUCUUGCUGCAGCUGGUUGUGUCAUCCUCUUCAGCCUCCAGGUUGCGUGGAUAAAAGAUGCAAAUGGCAUAUUGCAGUGCCACAAGUCUUCAGAUUAUCCUACUGGGCCCCAUUCUGAUGGCUGUAGGCCUGGCCACUAUGAACAACCAAGCAGUGCUACAUGAACUUGAGAAGGAACCAUCCUACUGGGACUCACAAGCAAAGGCAGCGCUGGAUGCUGCACUGAAACUCCGUCCUCAAGAGCACCGAGCCAAGAACCUCAUCCUUUUUCUUGGUGAUGGAAUGGGCGUGUCCACCGUUUCUGCUGCACGAAUCCUGCGAGGUCAGAUGGAGGGGGGCUCUGGGGAAGAAACCCUGCUGGCCAUGGACACCUUUCCGUAUGUGGCCCUCUCCAAGACCUACAGUGUGGAUAAGCAGGUAGCAGACAGCGCCAGCACAGCUACAGCCUAUCACUGUGGGGUGAAGGCCAAUGCAAAAACAAUAGGACUCAGUGCCAAAGCUGUGGCCUACGAGUGCAACACCACCUUUGGGAACGAGGUCUAUUCAGUGUUACGACGUGCUAAAGCACAAGGUAAAUCAGUGGGAAUAGUGACCACCACCCGUGUCCAGCAUGCCUCGCCAGCUGCUGCCUACGCUCACUCUGUCAGCCGCAGCUGGUACAGUGACGCAGAUAUUCCCUCCAGUGCCCACGGCCACGGAUGCGUUGAUAUCGCCACACAACUGGUCACCAACUUUGACAUUGACGUGAUUCUGGGAGGAGGAAGGAUGUACAUGACACCCAAAGGCUCUCCAGACCCCGAGUAUCCAACAUCCAGCUCUCGCAAGGGGAGCCGCAAAGACAAGAGAAACCUCAUUGAUGUGUGGCUGAAGGCCAAACCAAACAAAAAGUCACACUAUGUUUGGCACAAGAAGGAAUUUGAUGAGAUCAGUCCUAAAAAUACUGACCGUCUUAUGGGUCUUUUUGAGCCCAAGGACAUGAGGUUUGAGGUCUUUCGAAACGUCACACGAGAUCCAUCUAUUGUGGAGAUGACAGAAAAGGCCAUUCAGAUCCUCAGGAAGAAUCCAAAAGGAUACUUUCUGUUCGUAGAAGGAGGGAGAAUUGAUCAUGGCCACCAUGACGGCAUCGCCAAACUGGCCCUGACAGAAGCUGUGAUGUUUGACCAUGCCAUUCAGCGAGCUGCACGGCUCACCAGAGAAUCGGACACUCUUACAGUGGUGACCGCUGACCACUCUCACGUCUUUACCUUCGGUGGCAACACACCUCGAGGGAACCCCAUCUUUGGUCUGGCGCCAAAGAAUGCCGAUGAUGAAAUGCCUUUCACCAGCAUCCUUUAUGCCAACGGCCCUGGUUAUGUGCACAUAAAUGGAACCAGAGGGAACAUCACAAUGGUAGAUUACUACGAUGAGGAGUACAUGCAGCAGGCUGCUGUCCCGCUGGAUGCUGAGACGCAUGGAGGAGAGGAUGUAACCAUCUACGCUAAAGGCCCGAUGGCUCACCUGUUUCAUGGGGUGAAGGAGCAGAACUACGUAGCUCACGUCAUGGCCUACGCCGCCUGUUUGGAGCCAUACAGAAACUGCCCUCCUCACCCACACAGCCGCUCAUCAACUGAAUGUUUGAACGCACAUUUAAGCCUUCUAUGUGGCAUGCUUGGACUACUCUUGUUUUGUAGAUGACCCCAGUAAACACACACACACUAAAAACUAUGCACUAAACACUCAUGGUGUGUAUGAGAACAGGCUGGCGAACUGA